AUGCAACGCCUUGCAGCAGAGGUGAUGGUAUGCAGUAUCUGGGAUCAAGCAUAUGGCUCGGAUCACCGAGCCAUCGGAACCAAGUUCGAUUCACUGGUCACAAGGGUGGGGCCCGAACCAAGGCUUGUGUUCAAACACGCGAACUGGGAGGGAAUCAGGAGAACAGUCCAAGACGGGACUAAGUGGCUCCUACCUCCCAGCAACAUUGAAGAAUUCCAUAACGCCCUCAUCUCCUUGGUGGAUGGGGCUGUACGCACCCACACACCACUUGCAGAGCCUUCGCCGUACGUGAAACAGUGGUAG